GAUGAGGACGAGGAAGACAAGAAAAGAAUCCGGGUAGAAGUAAUAUUCCUGUCGCCGAUUGUCAUUGUCAUUUCCUGUUCGGGGGCGAGGAGGGGCAUGCUGACUAACCCACCCCGCCAUCGACGGGCCGAGGGUCCGUGACGUCAUCUCACGUGACCACAACGCCGGUCCGAGCUUCAGGCCUUUCCUCUUCCGGGUAUCAAUAGAGGGAAGGUAAAGACAACGACUUCUUUUUAAAAGGACAAGGAGACAUACAUCUAUAUCUAAACGUACAUCUUUACAACUUUACAUCUUCUCGAUUAGUCUCCGCUAUGCUGGCUAUAUAUGUUCAUUUCAAACUCGAGAUAAGACUGCAGCAGUGUCACUCGCCCGCUCUCAUUCGCUACAUACAGGAUACUCAUGAAGUAGAUAUCUAUAUCUCUCUAUACAGAGUAGUUACUACCUAUUCCAAAAGAUGAUCUUCUCUUAUCUGGAGGGGUGCUCCAUAUAAAGUCUCCCACCCGAGUCAAACUCCCCGGAUUAUGCUUCCGUGAAGAAGCAAAGGAUUAUGCUCAUUGCUCCUGCUCCACAGGUGGUUGCUGCUGUAACGUAGGCGCUGCCUAGGCCUCAGGUGACGGAAGGCAAUACUGUCGAGACGACAGACGGAUCCUCCGUAUCAAUCAGGGCUGAGAUUUGCAAAGAUUCAGCAAGCGGGAAUACAUGUAGCCAUGUUGCUAAGUAUGUCUUUCAUGUUGACAGAGAGAUCUUGCUGAGCUUGUUGGACAUCAUGGACGGAAAAUCCCGGUUCUGACGGAGCAAAGAACCGGAUUGUUAAUUGUUAUCGUCAAACCAGGAUCACAUAUUGUCUUGUCCAGCCUUGACUAUGAAGCCUGCUGUGUUUUCUUCCUUCUUCAAAACCUACAUCUGGCGAGCCGAGAAUUUUCCCGUCCAUUCAAGCUCUCCCACUUGUGCCCAUGGGACCUUUCUCAACGGCUAGGCACUUUUGUCAUCCCCCACCCUGCGGAGGGCAGGUCAACUCAGCGUACCAUGAGUUUGAGAGAUUCAAAAUAUCGAAACUCCAAGUGGAAGUGAAAGGGAAAUUCAUCCAGUGCCUUUGUGAUCUGCACACCCCACCACUAGUUGAUACCUGAAUUUCAAUGGUGUCGACGGAUUUACCACACGCCAGAUCUGAUAAACUUCGACUGAGGACAUGGACUCAGCGUUUAAAAUCAACGAUAAAUGGUGCGGCUCUUUCUUUACUAGGGACGACCAUCGAGCCAUUCCACGUUGUUGCCGCUAGCUUGGGCAAGUCGUGCCAAAUCUCCGCGUUACGCUAGUUUCUUUUUUUGUUGAUACCAACAGGCCAAGAAUGGGCGUGUAACAGGAGCGAAUCAUGCUUUGAGACGUCCAAGUUCUCCCGCUUCAAGACACAAAAAAAAAAAAAAAAAAAAAAAAAAAAAAAAAAAAAAAAAAAAAAAAAAAUUUGAAACUAUGUUAAAAAGUUACAAUUAUUAAUAGACAAAAUGAUGGUCUAACAUGAAACAAAACGAACAAUCCACCUUCCCUAGCUGGAGGACAAAAGUGACAAAACUAGCGCAAUACCAGCCCCGCGAGAUUUCCAGCCAUCUGAGCGAGAUAUUCUCGCAGCAUUUUGGGGGAAUUUGAAACAAUAAUUAUCAACAUCCAAUAUAGAACCCACGAGUGCUCUCAGGAUCCAUUUGGCGCCCUGCAGAGCUAAACACAGUCAAGCAGGCAGUUUUACUGGCCGUUGAUGACCGCAUUUUGCAGAAAAAGAACAAUAGGAUAUUCCUUCCUAUUGUUCUCAGCGGGGUUAGUGGCGUUCACGAUUGGCUGAUUCCCGAUCCAUGACCUCGCAGUCGCGCUGGAUAGGCGAAAUUUGGAAACUGAUGCAACGGCUGAGGCCAACCCAGCCGCCAAUUACCCACGCAUAAACCCCAGCAAAGAAUUUUGCAACCCUACCUCUUAUUUAAUCAGAGUUCGCUAGCCACUUUAUUUUGACGCUUAUCAAGGCACGAUUUGACUCCAUCUAUUGUUCCCCGUGGUUCAUCACCCUAAAGAGCUACCCUGAACCUAGAGUAUUACUCUCUUGUCAACAUAUUCUUUGAUACCUUUGCCUUUAAAAUGAGUGAUACAGGUUCUUCUCAGCUUUCAGACUGGGAGGAAGACCUGCCAGACAAUGUUCAUUUUCGCCUUCCAGGCUUCACGCUCCCGCUGAAUUGGGAGCCUACCCCGACGAGCACCCCACUCACAACCCCGCGUGCUAGCAUAGACGGACGGACGCCUAGGCUUCAUAUCCUUCACAUUCAGGGCAUACAGAGAGGCCGUUUCCCAAAUGCUUUGAACUAUCAAGAUGCGCUCGAUGAUAAUUUGAGGUAAUCUCAUGGUUCCCGGUUUGCGGUUACUAGGUAUUGAUUUGGCAGAUACCCAGCCCUGACGACUCGAGAAAACACGAUGGUCCAGAUCAUGAACGAAAUCACGGAUAAACCUAACUGGAAUGUGAAGGUUGGAACUAUAUAUCCCUUAAGUUAUGCGGGCAUUGCCCUACUUCCUGUCUGGUUAUUUCAUUAUAUCACUUCUGGCCCCCCCCUUCUCUCUCUUCCCCCCCCCCAAAAACCCUACAAUCCAUUCUACGACAACCUCACCAUAGGUAGCAAGUGCCUAUCCACCACAAUCAUAUCAUUUACUAAUCUUUACAAUAGGUUUCUGAUGAUACCAUCGUGGAGAAGUGGCGGAAGGAAAUGUUAACGGGAAACUAUGGUUUCUCGGAAUCUAUGGCAAAAUGGGUUAUCGAUGAGCUCCGCUACAAAACAAGGAUUUAUCAUGAAUAUGGGCUUGUGGACGUAUUUAACGGCGGAGUAGUCAAAUCAGACACUGCUGUUCCGGGAUCAAUCGACCAGGAGUUGAGAAAUGGGGUUUCGAAACUAGAAGAUGUGCCUGAGAACCUCAAAGAUUACCACCCUUCCACGAAUGAACAGAUUCUGAAUUUAGUGAACCCAUCGCUCUUUCCCCUUGUCUAUGGCCGAACGCGUAUCCUUGGCGAGAAGCUCUUAGGGUUGGGCGACUGCAUCGCCAGCUGCGGCCUUGGAGAAACACUUCCAGUGCCGCGAGACAAAUACACCGUGUUUGAUGAAAAGCUAGAUAACCACUCCGGUUGGGCGGGUAAUUUUUGGAAAGACAAGAUAUACAGCCAAAAAUUCCAAUGGCUACCUUGCAAUGUCGAGUUCCUUGACAAGAAGGGCUCUUACCUACCUCUAGAUCCGAAGGACCCUUCAAAAGUUGCUGCGGCGUCUCUUGCUCCGCCAUGUCGGAUAACAAGCUAUAUCAACAACCUCCAUCCCCACAAACAUCGAGAUCUAUACGAAACCAUCGAGAAGGUGAUAUCCCGCGCAAUUCCCCUUUGGAAUAGAACCCUAUCUUCUCUAAGUGCGGAAUAUACUCGACGUAUUAACUACGAUAUAUGCGUUCGGGAAAGUUCGCUUUCUCCGCCCCGAGAAGGAGAAAAUGGAUCUAGAAAACAGAAACGUUCAGUGACCAAAUCUGGAUAUGUAUUACCAGAGCCUAGAAAGUUCGAACCUACGAUGACGCCGUCGCUGUCACCAGGUUCCGUGGACUUAAAGAAACAAUACCGCAAGUCUGGCUUUCAAGUGAUUGUGAAACUUGCAAAUAUCCACCUAACCCCUGAAAAACCUAAAUAUAACGGCGGUGUCUGGCAUGUCGAAGGCCAACUUAAUGAACACAUAUGCGCAACAGCGCUCUACCACUACGACAAUCACAACAUUACCAACGGCCACAUAGCCUUCCGCCAACAAUGCGCCACAAACCAAAAAAUCAAAAAUAGCCGCGGCGAAGACCCAGACUUCCUCCCCGAAAUCUUCGGCAAACACACCCUAUCCUCCGCAACCCAAAUCCCCGGUAGCGUCGAGUGCUCCCAGGGCCGCCUCCUCACGUUCCCCAAUACCCUCCAGCACCGCCUCGAACCCUUCGAGCUAGCCGAUAAGUCCAAGCCAGGCCACCGCAAGGUCCUAACCCUCUUCCUCGUCGACCCACAUAUCCGCAUAAUCUCGACGGCAAACGUGCCCCCACAGCGCCGUGACUGGUGGACGGAGCACAUCGAGUCAACGGGGGCGCUGAAGAAGUUGCCCAAGGAGUUGGUGGAUAUGAUUUUAGGCAGUGGCAACAAGGCGGAUUUCCCGUUUAGCAUGGAGGAAGCGAAGCGGUUGAGAGUGGAGUUGAUGGCGGAGAGGACGGCGAGGGUUACGGAGCAGGAUAGGCAUUUUAGGCAUAGGGAGUUUUCGCUUUGCGAGAAUUAAACACUAGGUACUGACGGGGUCACGGUGGGCGGGGUGAGGGUGUGUCGUGAUUGGGUGAUUUCCUGGUUUGAUAUGAUAUUUUUUCAUACUUUGUUGAGUCAAGGGUUUUUUCUAUUUUUUCUAUGUUUGAGCGAUUGAUAAUGUCUUUUUUUCUUUUGCUUGUGCUUUUUCUGUUCUUCACAAUUUCCUUCCUAUUCAGGGGAGCACUGCUAUAUCUUUUUGUGGUUACCGUAUGUGAAAUUCCGGGUUACACCUGGGGAUCACUGCAAAGCCGGUUUGCGGAACGGGGGGGAAGAGAUGGGUGGCUACGCGGACAGUUUACUAGCUAGAGGUUAGAGAAGAGAUUUAUAACACCAACACUUUUGCAAAUUAUUAUCUAUCCUUAUUAUCCCCAAGACGGUGCGAAUGAGCUGACAAUGACGACAUCCACACCCCACCUACUGCGUAUCUAAUACAUACAUGCACAAUACACCCCCCC